GAGCUGGUUCACUUCCUAUCGGGACUGAAAACCAAGUGAGGAGAUGAAGGAAUGCAGUGUACUACACCAGAGAAUACAGAGAGGAUAGACAUCUUUACCCAAGAAACAACUGUACAAUUGUGGGAAGACAUCAGUCCCUUCACAACGUUGUUCGACACAGCGAAGCCUGGGGAGUGAAACCAUCAUCUGGAAAUCGGUCAGAUCAGGGAAGCUUUGACAUGUCAUCAGAUCUGAAAUUGCUCAGUGGUGCGGAGCCUUCCAUCAGAACCAACCUUUCUGAAGGUUCGACUGUGGGUGAUCGGUCAGGGUGAGGCUGGGAAGAAGUGUGAGUGGCUCCAAGUGUAGUGAGAGCUUCAAUCGUUCAUUGAGCCUCAUGAACCACUGAUUCAUUCUUAUAGGUGAGAGGAGGCUCAAGUGUGGGGUGGGCCCCACAAGUUCAUCAGAUUCCCUGAAAACUAAGUUCAUCUGUUGUAACUUCUGUAACCCUGAGGUGGUGUCAUGGAAAACACACGCUUCAAAUGUGAGGUGUGUGACCAAGCCUUUAGACAGUCAUCAGCACUCAUGCAACACCAUUGCAUUCACACAGGAGAGAAGUCAUUCACAUGCAAGAUGUGUGACAAAUCAUUCUCAAAGUUAACAUACCUCCGCAUACACCAACGCAUUCACACAGGGGAGAAGCCAUUUACUUGUGAGGUGUGUGACAAAUCAUUCUCAUACUCAUCAAACCUCAGCGAGCACAGACGCAUUCACACAGGGAAGAAGCCAUUCAUCUGUGAAGUGUGCAACAAAUCGUUCUGUAAGUUAACAAGCCUCCAUGUACAUCAACGUGUUCACACAGGGGAGAAACCAUUCACUUGCAAGGUGUGUAACAAAUCAUUCUCCUAUUCAUCAACCCUCAGUGCACACCAACGCAUUCACACAGGGGAGAAGCUAUACACUUGUGAUGUCUGUGACAAAGCCUUCACACAGUUAUCUAGCCUCCUGGUCCAUCAAAGAAUCCACUUAGGGCAGAAACCCUUCAAAUGUGAGGUUUGCUUUAAAGCUUUCACAACAUCUACAAAGCUUCUGACACACCAAAGUGUUCACACGGGAGAGAAACCUUUUAAUUGUGAGGUUUGUAAGAAAGCUUUCACCCAAUCCUGUGAUCUCCUAACACACCAAAGGAUUCACACAGGGGAGAAGCCAUUUAUAUGCAAUGUAUGCAACAAAUCAUUCUCGCGAUCAUCAAACCUCAGUGCACAUCAAAGGAUUCACACAGGGGCAAAACCAUUCACAUGCAACUUGUGUGACAAAUCAUUCUCACAGUUAACAAACCUCCGUGUACACCAACGCAUUCACACAGGGGAGAAACCAUUUAAAUGCGAGGUGUGUGACAAAUCAUUCUCCUACAUAACAAUCUUCCGUGCACACCAACGCAUUCACACAGGGGAGAAGUUGUACACCUGUGAGGUGUGUGACAAAGCCUUCACACAGUUAUCUAGCCUCCUCGUCCACCAGACAAUCCAUAGCGGGGAGAAACCCUUCAAAUGUGAGAUGUGUGAUAAAGCUUUCCCAACGUCUACGAAGUUCCUGAGACACCAGAGUGUUCACACUGGGGAGAAACCCUUCAAGUGUGAUGUUUGUGAGGGAGCUUUCAGUCACUCCUGUGAUCUUGUAAUGCACCAAAGGAUUCACACAGGGGAGAAACCCUUCAAAUGUGAGGUGUGUGACCGUGCCUUCACACAGUCAUCAGCUCUUAUGCAGCAUCAACGUAUUCACACUGGGGAGAAGCCAUUCAAGUGUAAAAUAUGCAACAAAUCAUUCUCACGAUCAUCAACCCUCCAUGUGCACCAACGCACUCACACUGGGGAGAAACCAUAUGUGUGUGAUACAUGUGACCAAUCAUUCUCACAGUCAUCAAACCUCCGAGUACACCAACGCAUUCACACAGGGGAAAGACUGUUCAAUUGUGACUUGUGUGAGAAAUCAUUUUCACGGUCAUCGACCCUCCGUGAACACCAACGCGUUCACAUGUGAUGUGUGACAAAGCCUACAAGCACUUGUUUGAUGCUGCAGGUCCAUCAAAGCAUCCAUACGGCGGAGAAACCAUUCACCUGUGAGGUGUGUCAUACGAGUUUUGUACAGUUAUUAGGCUUAUUAAAUCAUUGCCACAUUCACAUAGGAGCCAUUCAAACAUGAGUGAGCCUUCACACAGUCAGCAAUGCUGAUGAAACAGUGACGCAUCCAAAUUGAGGAGAAAUCUGUUUAAGUCAGAGGCUGUGACAAGCUUCACAAGCUCUCUUAUGUUUUAAUACAUCAGGUGAUUCAGACAGGGGAGCAAUUUUUCAAAUGUGAACUGUAUGACUGAGAUUUUAGACACUCAGUGAACAUGUGAACCAGCCACAUCCAUGUUUCGGAAAAAAGUUUUUUCAGUGUAAGACAUGUAAUGAGGGCUUUUUAUAAUCAUUGCACUGGUGAAAAACCAGUACUUUCAUACAGAAUGGAGACCAUUCAGGUGUGAGGGUAAAUGACAAGGUUUUCAUACAAUUAGCGAGUCUCCUGCUCCAUCAGUGCACUUUCAAUGGGAAACCCCUAUCUGUGUGAAUUCUGUAAUAAAGCCAGACCUCCUGGAACAUCAGAGAAUCAACAUAGAGAACAAAUUAUUUUAUUGUGGCAUGUGCCAAGAUCAUUUCACCUCUGCUCCUCUCUUGACACUCUGAGCUGGGUCACCUACUUCUGUUGCACUGAGAGCUGACUGUGUCAUUUACCCUCCAGUGCUCAAACAAGGGAACUGACAUUCAAAAGUACCGUCUGUCUCAACAGGGUCUGCCUCAAACUUCUUCCACCAUCGGCUAACCGUUUCAAUAAGGUUAAUUUAACCUCUGAUCGCUAAAAUCACUAAAAGACAUAAAUAUGUAACAAAACUAUUGUAUAAACUCAGCAUCUUUUCAGUGUCACAUCAGGUACGAGUCACUCCUUACAGAAAGUCCAAAAUAUAAGUGUAAUUAUGAACUUGGAAAUAGCUGCCAUGAGCUCAAGUGUAAAUCCCUUGCAUCUUUCUUUCAAUAAAGUAAUCUGAAUCUCCUUCUGACCUUUAAUGAUGAAAUACACAGGCUAACUGUAAGCCAGACUCCAGCUCAGUCACAUGACCCUUCAUUUACAUCAAUUAAAAAAUAUUGGUCCAAACUGUAACUCCCAUAAACCAACAGAUUUAAUUAUUCUUAAAACCUCACAAACUUCACACCAUAAAAAAAUGAAUCAUCAUGUUUUGACAGGAAAGGCUUGGGAGGUUAUUGAGCACUUUUUCGUGAAUAGUUUGUGGAAUUUUCUGCAAAAAAAGAUUCUGUGAUUGAUGGCAAAGGUCAAUGAAGUUAAAUCAGAAUUUUGAAAACCCAACAGAGAUGUCGCUAAUGGAAGAAUUUUGGAAUGUUAUUCCUUUUGGAAUCAAGUUCCUGAUGGAAUACCAUAAAAUUUCUAGAAUAGAGAAAGCAGCUGUUUUAGCUGAUAGUUAUAACUUAAUCCCUUGGUUAAUGGAUGAAAAAAAAAUCACAGGUGAUUUGAUGAUGCAAAAGCAAUCAGUUGUGUGUAUGUACAUUUCUGGAUAUAAAAGAAAAAGAAAAAAAAUCCAUAAGCCUUGGAAUGCCAAUAAAAGUUUGAAAUCAGCACAGGAGCUGGUCAGACAUGCUAAUAAACAAAACACUAAUGCAAUGCAGGGAGGUAAGAAUGUUAUGUUCUUGAAACAGUUGGUGAGAGUUUCUGCUUUUUUUCAAGAACAUGAUGUAUCAGUAGGAGGAGCUGAUGACCUGUAAAAUGUCAAAUUUCAAUGGGUAUAAUUCAAAGCUUAAAAGACUAUGAAGGUUUCAUAUUUCAGGGUGAAGAAACUCCAGUUUUGUCUGAUAAAAGACAUAAAAGCUUGAUACUAGCAAAAGCUGUGAAUCUUCCUCCAGAAAAUGCACUGAACCAUACAGUACUGAUACAGGGCGCUCAUGGAAACCGUUUACCAGUUUUAUUGUAUAGAGUGAAUUUAAAUGGUGCUUUACACAGUAGGUAUGUUGUUAUUGGAGUACUCCUGCAUUUCUUUAUAUAUUGUGUCAAUUUUAUUGUCGUAAAUGCUCUUUUGAGGAAUAAAAUGAUGCCAUCUCCUGAGAUGGUAGACAAAUUAAUUGAAAUUGACAAUGUACUCACAGAAUCUGGGACUAAUUGUAAUUCAGCUGUGGAAAUAACUGCUCCUGCUAAAGGUAUGUCUGAAGAGACAUGAUUGUAAACAAAAGGACUUGUUUAUGGUGAAUAUUGUUAUUUCAAAACAACCAAGGCCCACUGAAGUUCUGGAAAGCACAGCAGACUUUAGAAGGAAAAUCAUUAAAUCCUGUGUUUAAGCAUGUAUGUAAAGAUAGUUGGAACUGCAGAUGCUGGAGCAUCUGAGAUAAC